AUAGAGUGCAAGGACUCUUGCAUCCCUACCGUUACUCACUUUCACACCAUCGAUAGAAAGAGCCUUAAUUAGCGGACGAGGGCCGAUGACUGGAUGAGGGUUUACACCACAGGAAGCGACAGUUGCCUACGUUUUGCUUUGGCUUUACCGGCUAGCAGAGCCUUCAAUUUCCUCAGCUUCAUCAGAGCGCCGCCGCCGCCAUCUUUCCAUUUCCACUACACUGCGUACGCUGCAGUGCCACCGCUUAACUGUUCUCUCCGGCAACGCCGUUUUUCUUCCUUGGCAUCGACCUCUAUCCAAUCCAUGGGCUCUCAACAGCAGCAGGAGCUGGAGUGGCCCGCGAACAAGGUCCGGGACACUUUCAUCAAGUUCUUCGAAAGCAAGAAUCACACCAGCGUCAAGUCCAGCCCUGUCGUUCCCCACAAUGAUCCUACCCUCCUCUUCGCUAAUGCUGGUAUGAAUCAGUUUAAGCCAAUCUUCUUAGGAACAGCUGAUCCAAAUACUGAAUUGGGAAAACUGAAGCGUGCUUGUGACACACAGAAGUGCAUCAGAGCUGGUGGAAAGCACAAUGACCUCGAUGAUGUUGGAAAGGACACUUAUCACCACACAUUCUUUGAGAUGCUUGGAAAUUGGUCAUUUGGUGAUUAUUUCAAAACAGAAGCAAUUCAAUGGGCCUGGGAACUUCUCACAGAGGUAUAUAAGCUACCUGCUGUUCGGAUUUAUGCUACUUAUUUCGGCGGCGAUGAGAAAAGUGGCCUUCCAGCUGAUACUGAAGCAAGAGAUAUAUGGCUUAAAUUCCUCCCACCUGAACGUGUUCUGCCCUUUGGUAGCAAAGAUAACUUCUGGGAGAUGGGAGACACCGGACCAUGUGGACCCUGUACUGAAAUACAUUUUGACAGAAUAGGGAACCGCGAUGUUGCAUCAUUAGUUAAUAAUGAUGACCCCACGGUUAUUGAGAUAUGGAACCUCGUGUUUAUUCAGUUCAACAGAGAAAGUGAUGGCUCGCUAAAACCACUUCCUGCCAGACACGUUGACACGGGAAUGGGUUUUGAAAGGCUAACUUCUAUACUCCAGAACAAGAUGAGCAAUUAUGAUACUGAUGUUUUUAUGCCAAUAUUUGAUGCUAUACAAAAGAUAUCUGGUGCUCGACCAUACACUGGCAAAGUUGGUUCUGAUGAUGUUGACAAAAUUGACAUGGCUUAUCGGGUUGUUGCGGAUCAUAUUAGAACUCUUUCCUUUGCUAUUGCUGAUGGUUCUUGUCCAGGCAAUGAGGGCCGUGAGUAUGUACUACGGCGCAUUCUCCGUCGAGCAGUGCGCUAUGGUACUGAAGUCCUUCAAGCACAACAGGGAUUUUUCAGCGGCCUGGUAAAGGUGGUGACUGAAGUUAUGGGGGAUGUUUUCCCUGAGCUGAAACAACAUGAAGCUCACAUAAUGGAUAUAAUUGCUGAUGAAGAAACCAGCUUUGGCAGGACACUACUUCAUGGAAUUGAGAAAUUUAAGAAGGCUGUUCAACAAGUUCAAGGGAAUCUGUUUAGUGGUCAGGAUGCAUUUGUCUUGUGGGACACAUAUGGCUUCCCCUUAGAUCUUACUCAGUUGAUGGCAGAAGAAAGAGGCCUGGUAGUUGACAUCAAAGGCUUUGAAGUUGCUAUGAGUGCUGCCAGAGAACGCUCAAGAAAUGCCCAGAAUAAGAAUAACGGUGGUGGUAUUGUCUUGGAUGCUGAUGCUACUGCAGCAUUGCACAAGAAAGGGAUCUCGCCAACAAAUGAUCUUUUCAAGUUCACAUGGUUUCAGGAUCAUGAGAGUGAGAUAAAAGCUAUUUACACAGGAAGUGAAUUCUUGGAAAGUGCGGGUACUGGUGAUGAUAUUGCUAUAAUUCUUGAAAGUACGAGUUUUUAUGCUGAGCAAGGUGGUCAGAUAUAUGAUACUGGAUCACUUGAAAGUUCGGCUGGCUCAUUUCAAGUACACAAUGUUCAAACAUUUGGUGGGUUUAUUCUUCACAUAGGUUCAUUUGGCGGAGAUAAUAGGAGAUUCUGUGUAGGUGAUAGAGUUGUUUGCAAGGUUGAUUAUGAUAGACGUGCACUCAUUGCGCCAAACCAUACUUGUACUCACAUGUUAAAUUUUGCUUUGAGGGAAGUUCUCGGAGAUCACGUUGACCAAAAGGGUUCCAUUGUUCUUCCUGAAAAAUUAAGAUAUGAUUUUUCUCAUGGGAAGCCUGUGAAAUCUGAAGAACUGCAGAAAAUUGAAUCUAUUGUCAAUGAACAAAUUAAGGCUGAGCUGAAUGUGUUCUCACAGGAGGCAACUUUGACUGAUGCAAAGCGUAUAAAAGGUCUUCGGGCUGUCUUUGGGGAAGUUUAUCCAGAUCCUGUUAGGAUUGUUGCCAUUGGUCGAGAUGUGGAAGAUCUACUUGCUAAUCCAGAAAAUGAAGAGUGGCUGUCAAUAUCAGCUGAGCUUUGUGGUGGAACACAUAUUUCAAAUACACGUGAGGCCAAGGCAUUUGCUCUUAUUUCUGAGGAGGGAAUUGCAAAAGGAAUUCGUAGAAUUACUGCUGUGACAACAAUUCGUGCUUUUGAGGCCAUAGACUUGGCAUCCUCUCUUGAAAAGAAAAUCAAUGAAGCAUCUACUGUUGAAGAUGGUUUGCUUGAAGAGAAAGUGACGACACUGAAUGCUUCAGUGCAGAGAGCACAAAUUCCAGCUGCCAAGAAAGAUGAGCUUAAUUCCCAACUCUCAAAACUUCAGAGGCGAGUUACAGAAUCCAAGAAGAGGAUCGAAGCAGAGAAUUCGCGCAAGGCUGUUAGGGCUGCCACAGAAAAAGCAGAAAUAGCAGUGUCAGAUGGAAAGGCCUACUGCAUAUUGCGUCUCGGUGUUGGUCUGGAUACUGCUGCCGUUCGCGAUGCAGUUGUUAAAGUCAUGGAGCAGCAGGGGAUUCCAGUUCUGAUUUUCAGUACUGAUGAAUCAGCAAACAAGGUUUUAGUAUGUGCUGGGGUACCAGAGAAAAGUGACAAGUGCAAAGAGUUGAGUGUAAAAGAGUGGCUUAAUGUUGCAUUGAAGCCUUUGGGUGGUAAAGGUGGAGGAGGACGAGGUGGCCUUGCACAAGGACAGGCUUCAGACCUGACACAUGUAGACGAGGCAAUGGACGUGGCUGCAUCAUUUGCGUCUAUGAAGUUAAGUUGAUAAACAAAUUUGUGUGGGGUCCCUCUUCAUUCUUUUCAUAAAAUGACAAGGAAAUGCACAAUCACUUGAGGCACUUUUAUUCUAAUACUUUAUUACACAAAUAUAUGAUGACCUAUAUCUUUAAUUGUGCGUGGUUUAUUAUUCAUCCUUGGUGGUCAAUACCUAAACGUGAUGAUUUAUACUAUAUAAAGUAUAAGUCUUUUUAAAGUCACUUUGAGAAGUCUAGACAGAGCAUCCACCCACUAUUUACAUUCUACCGAUAUACG